AUGGUGAUGAUUGCUCGAGCUCGACCGGAUAUUUCACGACUUGUUACGACGCAACUGCAGCAUACAUAUUCGUCACAAUAUCCAAAGUGCCGGACGUAUCUAUGGUCAACUGAUGCCAGCCCCGGCGAUGUAUUCACACAAUACAACUGCGAUGCUCCCAAGUACUCGGGUCAAUACUUCCUCACCCCAACAAAUCCAUCGAUCACAUCAACAGCCUCAACCUCCUCGACCACAAAUGGCACGGAUACGCCCGCCACGACCGUUUCUUCGCCUCAACAGACAAGCACCGGAGCCCAAACACCGGAAGGAAAAACUAGUUCUGCUGGUGUUGUAGUUGGUGCUGUUAUUGGAGGCACGGCGCUGAUUGCCCUCAUCGCUUUCGGUACACUAUUCUUCCUACGAAAGAGAAAACAGGAAAAUCUCGGACUGGGACAAAUACCUCCCCAUAUGGUACCGUCUGAUUGCUAUCGCUCACCAACGACUGCUACCAUGCAUGGCUUUGACUCCCGGUAUAGCUGGACCGGCGGCGAAUCGACUCUCAGUCCCGUUACACCAACCUAUUAUCCGACACUACGAGUACCCGAGCCAUUUUACCGUCGACCUAGCGUACCUGAUCAUAAUACCCCACGAAGCAUUCCACAUGAUGGUUAUACAUAUCCGAUGAACGCUCGGAAGCCGCCGCAGCCAGCUCCAGUUGAGAUGGACACUGGUGCCAUACAUCUUCCAGAACUUGCUUAA